AAAAAUAAAUAUGAAAAAAAGGUUAUACUGGUAUACGAUGAAAUUUUUUUUAAAAGAAAAUAUAAGUGUCAACUCAAAAACCUUAACAUACCAUGGCUUAGAAGACUUGGGAGAUGAUUUUGAAAAUAAAUCAUUGGAAAAAGCUAAUCACGCUCUUGUGUUGAUGAUUCAAGGUUUAGCUGAGAAUUUACAUCAACCUAUUGCAGUUUUUACAUCAAGAGGAUCAGUGAAAGGAAUCGAUCUUGCUAAAAUAGUCACAAAAGCCAUACUGCUUCUUGAAAAUGCAGGUGUAGAAGUAUUAGGGAUAACGAGCGAUGGUGCAUGUACCAACAGAACAUUGUGGAAUGUUUUGGGUGUAAGUGGGAAACUAAAUCAACUUCAAAAUUCAUUUGUGAAUCCAUUUGACAACACCUGA